CCAAAGGGGGAACUUUGGAGCCCCACAUGGCAACCCACCACAGACAUAAUGAAGUGAAUGCGCACAGCCUGUGUUUAUGGAACUUCAGUUAAAAAUAAAACGUGUCCAUCUUCAGCUAAGAAGGACACAAUGAGACUGAACCGCAACGACACCAAAUGUAUCAGUAAAGCCAAAAAAGCUGUGCGUCAAACCCAAGAGGCUUAAGGAUGCAUCGUGGCGGGGACAAGGACUACCAGAUUUCGGCAAGAAAGAUGGCAACGUCCUUGUUCUUCCAGCUCUCUGCUCAUGAACGUGAGCUGGAUUUGGUGUGUCUGGACCACAGCUACGCCAAACCGUGGAACUCUCACCCGGACGCCAGCAGCGCCCGUCCCACCAGGACGCUGUUUGUCACCCCAAGACGCCAGCCUGAAGUUUCGCCAGACUCGGAAAGUUUAAUAGAUGUGGAGAUGGUCACACCCACGCCGGUGCCUCUAUAUGACAACCACAAAGCUCUGAGUGUGAUGAAGGAGUGCGAGCGACACGUCCUUUUUGCUCGCACUGUAGCGGACAGUCCCCCACCCCCUGAUGACUGGGAGGAGCACAUCAACAAGACAGCGUGGUCGGUCGCUCAGACCAAAUUGUUCAAUAAAGUCCUGAAAGCACUUCAAGUCGAGAGACUAGCUCGUUUGGCCAAUGAAAGUGCGCCCAACGAACCGAUACUACGCAGGUUAGCUGUGGACAAAUGUGCCAGGAAGGUGCGGCACGCGUUAGCAAGUGUCAACUGGGACAACAAGCUGACGCAGUGGUUACACACCAUUCUGAUAGAAUCACUGAGUCUCGCCAUGCUCGCCGCUUACUUGGAUGUCCUGCAGACUCUCAAAAGCAAGUUGCCCUCACUCAUUGACAGAAUGUUGCUGCCGUCGGCAAAGACGGGCUCUGCCAGUGCAGAGGCCCUGUCCUUGUUACUGAAGCGUCCCUGGGACCCAGCCGUAGGGGUUCUGUCCCAAAACAAACCGGGCAAGCUCCCUGGAUCACCUCUCAUCCUCAUCACACCGUCAAGCCCCACAAAUCCAGCUCUGUCCACAUCACGGCGAAUGCGAUUCUGGCAGUCGCAGCUCUCCUGCCUGGGAAAGGUCAUCCCCAUCCACACUCAUGUCACCAGCGGCGCCAACAUUGGCAUCACGCAGUGUCUCGAGCACAUGCUGGGAACCGUAAGGGCCAAGGUCAUUGAGGUUCACAGUCACUUCCCCCACAAACCCAUCAUCUUGGUCGGUUGGAAUGCUGGGGCGCUCAUUGCUUGCCAUGUGUCCCUGAUGGAGUAUCUGACCGCUGUGGUUUGUCUGGGCUUCCCCCUGCUUACAGUCAACGGUCCAAGAGGGGAUGUGGACGACCCACUGCUGGACAUGAAGACUCCCGUGUUGUUUGUGGUCGGGCAAAAUGCUCUGCAGUGCAGCGUGGAAGGAAUGGAGGAUUUCCGAGAGAAACUGAGGGCAGAUAACAGCAUGGUGGUGGUGGGAGGAGCUGAUGAUAACAUCAGAAUCAAUUCUGCUAAAAUGAAAUUGGAAGGACUGACGCAGACAAUGGUUGACCGCUGCAUUCAGGAUGAGAUUGCAGACUUCUUGUCAGGCGUCCUCGCAAGAGCUGACAGCCACAGCCACGGCUCAGGGGAGACCAGAGACCUGGACACAGAGAAGAAGAGGAGGCCCCGACGAGAAGUCCCCUUUGACAUGGAGAGAGGACGACCUUCCUCCCCUGCCCUGAGAGUCGCCAUUUCUCCGUCGGGGUCAGAGGAUCUGUCCAGUGUGUGCAGCAGUCCCACAUCAAGUCCUAAACCCAAGACCGGUCUCUCCCCAGCUCAGAAGUCCAGUCUCAUUACGGCCACCCAGCUCCUGAAGACCCACAUGCAGCGCUCUGGCACGAUGCUCUCACACAAGCAGGCCCAAGCUCAGUUUGCUGCUUUUAUGAAACAAAACAUGCUUGUGAGGAAAAACCUUGCUCCUGGUACUCCUCCUUGUAUUUUUGUAACCAGCGAUCAGGUGGAGGCGCUGGACAGAGACGAGCUGAGGCCUCGUGGCAAGAGGAGGCAAACUGCGAGUCCCACGCAGAGCAAAGCGUCGAAGCGGGCCAAGAUCAAGGUCACCAUUGUUUCCCAAAGCGAGUCAGCAGGGGGCAGCAGCCCAGCUGCACAGGAAGUUGGUGUCUCUGGAAAGCCUCUUGCAUUAACAGUAGGACAAACUGUGGCUGGAGCCAAGGAGCUCUCUGGACUUCUCACAGGCCAGCGGUCUGGUAGUCUCUCAGAGGUGUCUGGUGCCCUGUCCCCAGGCUCCAGCUCCUUCAGCACGGUGUCAGGGUCGUCCACACCCGUCCAGGCGCACGCUUCGGCUACUGCCCAAGCACCUUCCGCAAGCAGUCUACUCCAAGGCCUAAGUUUCAGUCUUCAGGAGAUCGUCACCAAAGCGCCUAGCUUGCCCGCAGCAGAAACCAACCCAGGAAGCAUGCAGACCUUGUCUGGCAACAAGGCCCAGCGUCAGGUCUUGAGCUCCGCCUCUACCAGCAGCAGCAGCAGCACUCUCCUCCACGCGGUGCCUGUGGUCACCACAGGGGGCGUGGCCAAAACCAAUGCCAUCCACCAGCUGCUAACAAACAGCGGACUGGCCAAGCUGGCCAGCAGUUUGCCAAGCUUGGCCCACAUCAGCAACCAGAGCGCCGGGCAGAAAGGCCCCACUUCCAUAACUGUGAUGCUUCGAGGAGCACAGCCCAGCAGAACCACGGCCCUCAGCCAAGCUGGUGAAGUCACAAGCACGAACAGAAGCGACGUGUCAGCUGAGAGCCUGUGAACAACACAAUGUGACGGGAUCUGCUGCUGAUAACACAGUUGUGGAAUCACCAGAGUGGACAUUUGUGGUUUGACAUCUUCAUCUACAAACCGCGUUUCCAUAUGAGUUGGGAAAUUGUGUUAGAUGUAAAUAUAAACGGAAUACAAUGAUUUGCAAAUCAUUUUCAACCCAUAUUCAAUUGAAUGUGCUACAGAGACAACAUAUUUGAUGUUCAAACUGAUAAACAUUUUUUUUUUGUGCAAAUAAUCAUUAACUUUAGAAUUUGAUGCCAGCAGCAAAGAAGUUGGAAUAGGUGGCAAUAAAUACUGAUAAAGUUGAGGAAUGCUCAUCAAACACUUAUAUGGAACAUCCCACAGGUGAACAGACUAAUUCGGAACAGUUGGGUGCCAUGAUUGGGUAUAAAAGUAGCUUCCAUGAAAUGCUAAGUAAUUCACAAACAUGGAUGGGGUGAGGGUCACCACUUUGUAAGCAAAUUGUCGAACAGUUUUAGAACAUUUCUCAACGAGCUAUUGCAAGGAAUUUAGGGAUUUUACCAUCUACAGGCCGUAAAAUCAUCAAAAAGUUCUGAGAAUCUGGAGAAAUCACUGCACGUAAGCGAUGAUAUUACGGACUUUUGAUCCCUCAGACGGUACUACAUCAAAAAAACGACAUCAGUGUGUAAAGGAUAUCACCACAUGGGCUCAGGAACACUUCAUAAAACCACUGUCAGUCACUACAGUUGGUCGCUACAUCUGUAAGUGCAAGUUAAACUCUACUCUGCAAAGCCAAACCCAUCUAUCAACAAUAUCCUGAAACGCCGCCGGCUUGGCUGGGCCUGAGCCCAUCUAAAAUGGACUGAUGCAAAGUUGAAAAGUGUUCUGUGGUCUGACGAGUCCACAUUUCAAAUUAUAUUUGGAAACAGAGGACGUGGUGUCCUCCAAAACAAAGAGGAAAAUAACCAUUCGGAUUGUUAUAGGCACAUAGUUCAAAAGCCAGCAUCUGUGAUGGUAUGGGGGUGUAUUAGUGCCCAAGGCAUGGGUAACUUACACAUCUGUGAAGGCACCAUUAAUGCUGAAUGGUCCAUACAGGUUUUAGAGCAACAUAUGUUGUCAUCCAAGCAACGUUAUCAUGGACGCCCCUGCUUAUUUCAGCAAGACAAGUGUUACAACAGCGUGGCUUCGUAAAAAAAGAGUGCGGGUGCUUUCCUGGCCCGGCUGCAGUCCAGACCUGUCUCCCAUCGAAAAUGUGUGGUGCAUUAUGAAGCGUAAAAUAUGACAGCGGAGACCCCGGACUGUUGAACGACUGAAGCUCUACAUAAAACAAGAAUGGGAAAUAAUUCCACUUUCAAAGCUUCAACAAUUAGUUUCCUCACUUCCCAAACGUUUGAGUGUUGUUAAAAGAAAAGGUGAUGUAACACAGUGGUGAACAUGCCCUUUCCCAACUACUUUGGCACGUGAUGCAGGCAUGAAAUUCAAAGUUAUUUGCAAAAAAAAUGUUUAUCUUCUUGAACAUCAAAUAUGUUGUCUUUGUAACAUAUUCAACUGAAUAUGGGUUGAAAAUGAUUUGCAAAUCAUUGUAUUGCGUUUAUAUUUACAUCUAACACAAUUUCCCAACUCAUAUGGAAACGGGGUUUGUAGAUUACAUGUAAACAUGUCAUAAUAUAUUGAUGUUCUGUGAGUAUCUCCCUGCCAAUAACCAUACUUGUCUUGAGUUUUCUCUAAUGCUCCAUGGCCUAACACGGCCCACACUGUCUGCAAUAGUAAAUGAGAUGAUUGUCUUCUCUAUUCAUGCAAGGACACUUUCAAAGUAUCACAUCAUAAUCUUGUAGUCCAAAUAUAAUACAUAACUCAUACUGGCCCUUUUUUUUAAAAAUCUGAUGUUUAUAUUUGUCUUAUCAGCAUUGACUGAUACUGGUUUGUGUGUAAAAUGUCCAAUACAAGCAGUCCUGCAGCGUGUUUACUUGUUUAGACAGCUAAUGUCAUACAAUCCACACACCCUUUCUUCUAAGUUGUUUUGAAAAAAGUGAACAUGCUAGGCUAUAGGCUACUGGGAGCUACCAGCUACACCACAGCCAAACACAUGAUAGCACACAAGCUAGACAAACGCAACCAGUGACAUUCAUUGAAUCUGUGUGAAGUUAGCGCCCCCACAUGGUCGAAAUCUCCCCAAUCUUGCGCUGCUAAAUGUUUUGGGCUAACUAGGAUCAUUUGAAUGUUAAGGUUUUAUAGAGCUGAUUUUUCAUCUUAAUUCCUAAGUAAUAUAAAAACUACUAGACCAAAACUUUGUACAGCACAAACAACUGGGGCAGCAAAAUUGAAAGGCUGUUUACAAAUAAUACUAUAACAUGUUAAAAACUUGAUUACUCGAAUAGUAAGAGCAAAAUAAUGACAGCACAAACAAUUGGGACUAGUGUUGGGCAAUUUGGACAUAGUUGGAGAUUAUUUAUAUAUAAUGACACAUUAAUUACAUGGUAAUAACAUAAAACUUGAACUAAAACUAUAAUAGACCAAAAAUGUUUAUAGCACAAACAAUUGGGACUGGUUUAGGGCGAUUUGACAGAGUUGGGGACUAUUCAUGAAUAAUAACAUGUUGAUUAAAAUAAUAAUAAUUAGACCAAAAAUGUUUGCAGCACAAACAAUUGAGACUGGUUUAGGGAGAUUUGACAGAGUUGGGGACUAUUCAUGAAUAACACGUUAUCUACAUGGUAAUAACACAAAACCUAUAAUAGUUAGACCAACAUGUUUGCAGCACAAACAAUUGGGACUGGUCUAGGGAGAUUUGACAGAGUUGGGGACUAUUCAUGAAUAAUAUGUUAAUUACAUGGUAAUAACCUAAAAACUAUAAUGGUUUGACCAACAUGUUUGCAGCACAAACAAUUUGGACUGGUUUAGGGAGAUUUGAGAGAGUUGCGGACUAUUCAUGAAUAAUAACCCCUUAAUUACAUGGUAAUAACCUAAAUACUAUAAUAAUUAGACCAAAAAUGUUUGCAGCACAAACAACUGGGACUGGUUUAGGGAGAUUUGGACAAGGCACGGGGCCAACGUCACACAGGUGAUUGCAAAGUGUCCAGUAACAAACGUGUCCGCAUUAUUCAACUGAAUCUGUCAAAACUCAUGGGCUUAAUUGAAUGCAUUAUUGUGGCCACUUUGUGUCGCCAAAAAACCCAAAUGGCACUCCACCUGAACUUAAAGACAGCGCGAGUCCAUUCCAGACAGUCAAUAAUAAAUGUGUU